UUUCCACGGUGGGAAAGAGACACACGAGAGACCGAAAGCUGUACUGCAAGGAUUCCGAGUUGUGCUAAAGGAUUUUUUUUUCUUUUUUUCUCCUCCUUCGCCUUUACAAGCGCCUGCGAUUGACACCACUAGAGACAGGCUGGUUACAGAGCAAACUGCUUCAUCCGGACUGGACCGACCGGGCAGCUAGGAGGAACCAGGCAGGCAAGAACUGGGGAAGCAGUCUGGGGGUUUCGCUACGGAUCUCAACCCCCAUCUGUUUUGGGGGGUUUUGUUUUCUUUUUCCAUUUCUCUUUUCUUUGGGUUCUUUUGUUUUGCUUUGCUUUGUUUUUUGGUUGUUUUAAAUUCCUCACGGUGUUGGAACUAGUGAGUGCUGGAGUCUCAGAAGCCACAGCAGUCACCCAGACUGCCAGGGACAGUGGAUUAAGAGAAAGAAGCUCACUGCUUGGGGCAUCAUACACCCUGUUAUUCAGUUUCCUGCCUCGGAGAUAAAGAUCCCAGCUACAUGGGCAAACGCCUGGAUCAGCCACAAAUGUACCCCCAGUACACGUACUACUGUCCUCAGUACCUCCAAACCAAGCAGUCCUAUGCACCAGCUCCCCACCCCAUGGCUCCUCCCAGUCCCAGCACAAACAGCAGCAGCAACAGCAGUGGGGAACAGUUGAGUAAGACAAACCUAUACAUUCGAGGACUUCCACCAGGCACCACUGACCAGGACCUCAUCAAGCUAUGUCAACCCUGGACUAAAGUUGUUUCUGUGAAAGCAAUCCUACAAACAAACUCACACCUGUGCAAAGGUUACGGUUUUGUAGAUUUUGAUAGUCCUGCAGCCGCACAGAAAGCAGUGGCAUCCCUGAAGGCAAAUGGCGUGCAAGCACAGAUGGCCAAGCAACAAGAGCAAGACCCUACGAAUCUAUACAUCUCAAACCUCCCCAUCUCCAUGGAUGAACAGGAGCUGGAGAACAUGCUAAAGCCCUUUGGACAUGUGAUAUCCACCAGAAUCCUGAGAGAUGCUAACGGAGUCAGCAGAGGCGUUGGCUUUGCCAGAAUGGAGUCUACGGAAAAAUGUGAAGUGGUAAUUCAACAUUUUAAUGGAAAAUAUCUGAAAACACCACCAGGCAUCCCAGCCCCCAGUGAACCUUUGCUGUGCAAAUUUGCUGAUGGAGGACAGAAGAAGAGACAGAGCCAGAGCAAGCACACCCAGAAUGGGAGGCCAUGGCCCAGAGAAGGAGAGGCUGGCAUGGCUCUGACCUAUGACCCCACAGCUGCCCUACAGAAUGGAUUUUAUUCUUCACCGUACAGUCUUGCAACCAACCGCAUGAUCCCACAGACAUCUAUCACGCCAUUCAUUGCUGCCUCCCCUGUCUCCACAUACCAGGUCCAGAGCACGUCAUGGACGCCACACCUGCCAUACAUUAUGCAACCAACAGGUGCUGUGAUCACACCCACCAUGGACCAUCCCAUGUCAAUGCAGCCAACUAACAUCGUGGGUCCCCUGACGCAGCAGAUGAAUCAUCUUUCCCUGGGGACAGCAGGAACGAUUCAAUCCCAAGACAGAAUUAUGGUACUUCACCAGCUGUUAUGUCAGUAUAUGACUGCUGCUCCUAUGCAAGGGACCUACAUUCCCCAGUACACGCCUGUGCCUCCGACAGCUGUUUCUAUUGAAGGUGUUGUUGCUGAUACCUCUCCCCAGACGGUGGCCCCCUCAUCCCAGGACAGCAGUGGUCAGCAGCAACAGUUAGCAGUGGACACACCCAGUGAACAUGCACCGGCAUACUCCUUCCAACAGGCCAAGUAA